AAAACCACCGCGGUGACGUAACCGUCGCGCAUACUUCACGUCACAAGCAUAGAUGGUGACACGAGUACGUGGCACAACGAACGGAGCCGAGAACAGUCGAUCGCAGUCGGUCGCCGGACAUCGCCGCGGGAGGACAGUACGGUUAUCGUUCGGGCUCGUAGUGAACGCGUCGCGAUUGGCCGACGUCUCCUUCCGCCGACCCCGCCUACCAGGUGUCCGUUCGAAAGUGUGUAGUUGUGUAGUACGUUACGGCGAAACGACGGGCGCUGCUCUCCUCUCUCAGCGAGUUCGUGUCCAAUCACAGGAAAAAUCCGAAAUGAUACGUGUUCCGCCCGCUAAUAUGUGACGGCCGCGAGGAAACCUGGAGGAGACGAGCAAGCGUGUCGCGAGCGCGGUGAGGGUAGUUGUUGCUUCACGUCGUCGGCACGGGGUGCUACUUCGGUCGGUUCUCGCAGCGGUGACUGUACACGGUGUCCGGGGGUGUCGCAGCUGCGAGGUAGUAGUGCGUCGACGAGAGACGUGAGAAGAGCUCGCAGGGAUAUCUGGAAGUGACGACGAGGCGCGAAGGUGGUGAGCGAGCGUGACGAGGAACAGAAACGUUACGUUUCGCGACGACGACGACGACGACGGCGGCGGCGGCGACAGCGGCGACGACGACGACGACGACGACGACGACGACGGCGGCGGCGGCGACAACGAGGACGCUUUGAUGUGCCAAGUUCGCAGUGCGCGUGAGAACGUUCGCCGUCGUCUCGACGAAGAUCACGUCGUCUCGCAGUCUCGGUAUCGGUGACGGGCAGCACACCGUCUCCGCGUGUGCGUCGUUUUCCUUACCGUCGUUUUCCGCGCCGCGGCCAGUUCCGCAUCGCGAGUUCCGGCAUCCGGCGGCACGGCCGUGUAUAUCGUCGUCGUCGCCGCAAGUGCACGUUCGGCGGCUGUACGCCGUGAAAUUGGCGCCGAGCGGCGGAACGCGCGCGUGAGAGAUCGUUCGACAGUGAGACGGACGAAACUGCGAGACAGAGAGAUAGUGGUAGAGUUAGAGAGAGAGAGAGAGAGAGGGAGAGAGAGAGAGAGAGAAAAGAUCGGGAAAAAGGAGUGAGAAGUGCGUUCCAUCGUCGUGUCGUUUUACGUCGACGGGCGGGCGAGCGAGCUAGCGAAGCAGCCAACCUAGCAGAGGACGUCAGCUGUGUGCUGCGCCGAGGGGGACCGUCGCUGGCGCGAGAGGAAGCAAGAUAGAGUGUGCGAGCGCGAGAGAGAAGCCGUGCACGGCCGAGAGACAGAGAAAUGGCGACGCUGGAGGCAGGUGUCCAGUAUGGUUUGCGAAGCAAUUUCGACGAAAACAAGAACCUGCUGUUCGUCAAGCUCACCGAUUCGGCGCACCGUCAGAUUCUCAGCUACGUGAAGAACAGACACUCGAUCGGCAAGAAACCAACCAUCCAAGUCGCGGGAAAUGAAGGGCGGCUCUGUUUUCCAUCCCUCGACGGCCAUGAGUCCUCCUUCACGUUCAGUCUCUCCGGCAACCAGGACAUCGAGGGCCCUUCGGGUGGCUUCGAGUGUAUCCAGCAAACCGCCGCCAAGAGCCUGGAGAGCCUCGGCAACAUUCCGUACAAAAUGCGGAUACACGCGAACGACGACGUGUACGAGACCACCAGGCACCGGAUGGUGAUCGCCGAGGAGAACAACAAGAACAAAUGCACGCGGGUGAUCAAGGCGAAUGGUCCAAACAUCGGGCGCAAGGUGAAAGUGAAUGCAACCGGAAGGACGAUACCGCCUCCAUCGAACGCGAGGCAUCGGGAAUCAUCGUCCCCCGCCAGUCAACCCAAGCGAUCUCCUUCCUACCGGCCAACCACCAGCAGCUCGCCGGAGAAGAAGAUCACCGACCUCAUGCGCAGGCCGCUCAAGGAAAGACUUAUCCACCUUCUCGCCCUGAGGCCGCUCAAGAGACCAGAGAUUUACGAUCGUAUCAACAAAGAGGGUAUACGGGAGCGAGAGAAGCCCAUCGUGAUGACGCUGCUGCGACAGGUGGCCAACAUGCGCGACAACUCGUAUCACCUGCUGAGGCACGUCUGGAACGACGUGCAGGAGGACUGGCCUUUCUACACCGAGCAGGAGAGGGCCAUGCUGAGGCGGCGGAAGCCUCAGAACCUCACACCACCUGGCUCCAGCGACGGAUCCACUGGCAGCGGUCAAUCGCCCAACUCCAUUCAGCCGGGCUCGCCGCCCGCCAUCACGGCACCACCUCUAUCGCUGUUGGGCAACAAGAGGCCGGGUUACUACCAGGGUAACGACGGGCUGCCGACGAAGAAGCCGCGGAUAUCGCACUACCGGAAAUCCGAAGCCAGCUCGACCAAUUCCAGCGGCGAGAGCGGGAGGACGUCCAGCAGCGGCGGCGGCGGCGGCGGCGGCGGCGGCGGCGGUGGUAGCAGCAGCAGCAGCGGUGUCAGUCCUACGGCCGGUACCGUCGGCGUCGGUGGUGGUAGUAGUAAUAGUGCGAGUGGCAGUGCAGGUGGCAACGUCGGCUGGGAUCACCAGAGGCAACAGCAGCGUGAGCGUCGCGGUGAUUGCCGGCCCGAAAGAACAGCGAACAGUGAUGUGCUGCGAGGUGGGAUCGGCUACGGUAGCAGCAGCGGUAGUGGCUCCCGAUCGUGCCAGGCGUCGCCCAGUGAUCCGACGGGCAACCAGGGCGCCGGUUACGGACGCGGUGGUGCUGACAGUGCCGUCGCGACGGCCAGCAGCAACACCGGGAGCGGCUCGUUGGGCGCUCCGUCGGCCGGCAGCUAUAAUUCCCACAGUAGUCCAGCUUAUAGCAGCACGGCGAUCGCUAGCGGGGAACGACAUUAUUACGCUGGCCGGUCAGCGGCGACGACGGUGGUCAGCGGUGAUAAUAGUGCCUGUGGUAGUGUGGGUGCGAGUGUGCAGGACAUUGCCGCGCGUUUCGUGCCGAAUAGUGCGAGGAGUGAUAACGUUAAUGUUAAUAUCACUAGCGGUCGUCACGGCGGCAGCCCGAGCAACGCGAGCGCCGACAGGAGGGACAGAAGCGACAGGAGUCGGACAGUCGUGAGGGAGAAUAAGGACUGGGAGCCUUGGACGGUGAGUGGUAGUGCGAACAUUGUGGCCUCCCUCAAUGGCCACGCCGAUAUCACCGGUAGCGCGCACUGCGACGACAUCUCGGAGAGUCCGCUGGCUUUGGAGGGUAACCAACCUUCGGAGAGUCCUCUGGCGUUGGGGAGUUCCAUGACUCUGGACAGCUCCCAAGUCCCCAACUACCUCACGUACUACACGACGAUAACCAAUCUGGAGCAAAGGCGACGUUACAAGAUAGCGUUCCACGCGCACUACGAGGAGUACCGAAGAGUGCACGCGAUGGUCGCCGCUGUCUCCCAGCGCUUCUCGCAGUUGUAUCAGCGAAUGACCGAACAGGCGACCCGGGGGAACUCGGACGAGUGUCAGCGACUGAAGCAGCAGAUCAUGGCUGAGUAUCAAGAAAAGAAAAACGACCCAAUACACCUAGAAGCGAAGAAGCAGUUCAACUAUCUGCACAAUAAGCUGGCCCACAUAAAAAAAUUGGUCCAGGAUUUCGACACGCAGAACUUCAACGAGAACGUAGAGUCGACGUCGACGAACAGUUGCAGCAACGAGAGCAACGACUUUGACAGCCGGCGGCACUACUGACAUAAACUUAAACGGCUGCCUCUCGUUCCCUGCCUUCUCUCGGUUGUCGACACGCUGCUGUCAACAUCGCCGCGGAAUCUGUGCUUCCUCGGCAUGUUCCAAGGCUGACUCCUCGUCUCACGGUCCACAUGGUUCCUGGGUUCCAUGGUUCGCUGAACGGUCAAGCGCAUCCGGUCCGUUGCCCGGUCCCGGCGAGCACUCGUUCACAACCAGCGCCUAAGCGCGAGAUACACCCUGCUACCUGCUGACCCUCCGCAAUAUCUAACCCUCCGUCGUCGGUCCCCCACCACAGGACCGGCCCACGAGAUUCUCGUCGCAACGUUGCUGCUCGGUGCGUCGUCUCUGUUUCUUCUCAUCUGCAACACCACAAUACCACGACAACUCGUUAGCCGUAAUAAUUUAAUUAUCAAUAGCUUUAAACUCUGUGACUUUGUGUUACAUGCAUCAUCGCGCACUGGGAUAUAGCGACAGAGUUCUUUCGGUUCUUGCAUGAUCCUCUUAUCGGCGAAACGGUAAGAGGGGGGGGGGGGCCAGUCAUUUUACGGACGACUGACAUCUUCCUUUUUAUUUGCAGCAUUUUCAAUUUUACCGCACAUGUCGCACAUGUUUGCGUCCCUGACAAUUUUUCUGUUUUUCUUUCCCCCUCUUUUUUUUUUUCAUCGCGUACGACGUCGCGCACCGUAUCCGUCCGUUAUCCGUGAAGACCGACAGAAUACUCCUCGGUGCAAAUGAAUAAUUUUCUUUCUCGGGCGAAUAAUUUUCUUUCCUCUUAUAGAAUUGGCUUUAUAGAGAAACCGCGCGCGUGGUGUCGGCGGUGGUGCGUUACAUGCGCGCGCAGGACGACCUAUAUCCUAGUGCGCGAUACCACACAAUCGAGAAAAUCUGAAUACUCGUGCAAUGUCUUUUUCUGUUGGACAAUUUCUCGACGCGGACUGACCGAGUGCGACACGCGAUGCGACGAAACGUCGAGCCUUUUCUCGACGCUCGUAUGCCGCGAUAAAGAGAUCACACGACGCCGAAUCCUCCAAUGGUUCUGGUCACUCUGAUCACACCCGUUUUAAUCGAGGACUGUCAUUGCGAAACGUUCGUUCGACCAUAUUGGGUUAAGGUACGAAUUUGGAAACUGGUCUUGCACCGCGCACCGUAUUGUGCACUCGCGACACGUCGGGUUACCAAUCGAUUCGGAUUCGUAAGUUAUUUCGACUCACGCGUGACUCGCGCGGUACUUCUAUGCGCGUCAGCGACUAGUUAGAGACUAGCGUUUUUACCUUCCCCUGUUUCCUUUCCCCUUGUCUUCUUCUCGAUACUCGUCGUUUUAUUCCGCGUUCGAGGAAGAUCAGACCGGCACACUUUGUCGAACAAAUGUGACAAUUCCAAGGGUUAGCGCGUUUAUAGCUCCGAAAACGUCUGACCUUCUCGUUUUUAACGACUGACAGACUGAGCGUUCUCUUUUCCUUUCUUUUUUUAUGCCUUAAACGAGUGUAGUUUCGACGCGCGAUGUUGUUGCUUCCCCCUUCCCCCUGCUCCAAUCUGCUGACGUUUGUUUCUCGUUCGUUGCGUACACGUUUUCCACGACUGCGAUCAUCUCGUCCGCCGCGCCGUUCCGUCGAGGCCCUCGGGCGCUCCGAGGAAACGUCUCACUGCGCUGAUACGCCGAUCGGAUGUGAGGUACUUAGGAGAAUUGUCGGGUGUGACGACGAUACGAACGCCGAUGCCGCGAUAAAACGCGAUGGAUGAUGAAUCGGUCGCUCGCGCGGGAGCAAACUUCUUCGCCUUCUCGGAAACCGCGCGAGGAUCGCGCGAACGCUCGCUCGCGCCUCCCGCGAUCUUGCCGCGGGCUUCUUUCAAGGGCAACCCUUUCGUGCAGACGGGGAAUUCAAUCGUCGACGAGGAUCGAUUCUGCGCGUACGUCGUUGCUCACGCGCGCUCAUGAUUCCAGUGUUUCUCCAGAACUACGUCGUUCCUACGAGCGCGCAACUGUCGCGCUCGCGAUCACCCCCGUCGAAUUCGGACGACUCGCGCGCGAGCAGUCGGCAGCAACGGCAGCGCGAGAGAGCCUAGGAUUGUUGCUUAACGAGUUAUGUUCCUCUCUUCUGACUUACUUUCCAGCGAGAUCUAGCGCGCGCGCGCGCGCACGCACGCACGCACGCACGCGCGAUUUCUAUCUGUGCUAUUCGAAUGUUGUUGGCCGAGUUCGUAGAUCCUGUGCGAUCUGCCGAACGGACGCGUUAGUAGACGAAUUUUAAACGCGAGUUAUUUAAUGGUUUUCGCCCUCCCCCUUUGUUCCGCGACGCGUAGUUAUUUAUAAUCGAUUAAUAUAUAUAUAUAUUGCAUAUAUAUAUAUAUUAUAUAUAUGUAUAAUGAAAUUGUUGAGAGACACUCGUUACAUUUGUCGAAUGGACCUUUUAUACGUCGAAGGAGAAUACCGACGCCCGUGUACUACCGUGUUAUAAUUUCUCUCCCGUCAUUGUGCAAUACGAAAACGAAAAAAAAAAAAAAGGAGAAGAAGAGAGCGGAGGAAGAGUGGGUGAA